CACGUAUACUGGAGCGCGUCGUGGAGGCCAUCUCUCCUCCUCGCUUGUCGCCUCCGCCCGUGUGCCCGCCCGGACGGGUGCCGCGGCCACUCUGUCGCGCUCGCUCGCGCCUCGCCUCCACUUCGGUUUGACGGGAGCUCGGUGGCAAUAAAUGGCGCCACCGCUCCGAUCACGGGGGCCAGCCGACCAGGCUGGCGUCCUUCUCCCCGGAGCAACUUGGAGUUGGAGGGUUCUGCUCUGAAGGAGGGGAAGCACGCAUACGAUGCGUGUAUGGACAACCGGGUCUCGUUUCGUGGUGCAGCCCGUGUGUUCGAGGGAAUUCCCCCCCAGAGGUCUCUUUCUGGGUUGCUCCCUUUGAUCUGCAAAUUGGAGUGUAGGAAGAGGCAUCUGCGGCCGACCGCUCUCUAUUUGUCAAGACCCUCACUUGAUCAGUCUCCGACAGGUCACAGACCUGGCUUCAGGGGAUUCGCUUUCGUAGCUGCUGUGACUUUGCAACGCAAACGAAGCUUCAAGGUUACGGUUCACCUGACCUGCUCAAUAUUGCUGCUGCCGCUGCUGCUUCACAAAGGGGAAUCACAGGACUGAGGACUGUGCUGCUUUCUUUCAGAAUCAACUGCUAACAGUGUUCUUUACCAGAGCCUAUAAUCAUGUGCCACCUUUUAAGCGGGCACAAGGAAGCAUCAUCUUAGCUGGGCUGCUGUGUAGGGCAGGCUGCACGGAAAAGGAACGAGAAGAAAACUACACGCAAGGACCAAAGUAGGCGCGCACGCGUGCAUCCAUGUAUACAACUAAAAAAAAACAAGCAAGUAAGAGUAAUUAGCUAUAGUUUUUAUAGGGCAUUGCCAACAAUUGCCUCCCAGUUGUCUGAUCAGCCGAGCAGAUUACAUAAAUGCUAAAGCUAAGCUCUUCCUUAAUGCCCAAGUGCCCUUCACUCUGACUGCAUCUUUGUGGUAUGUAUGGUACCCGCAACACUGCAACAGCAAGCUCAGCGAGAGGAAUUGGGGAGGAGGUGGUGGUGGUGGGGCUCGUCAUUACGGAGUACAGACUUUUCCCUGGGCGCCGCACAGCGCAGCUCGGCUCAGUAGUUCACUCCAGCAGCGGCAGAAAGCAGGCAGCUGCAGCGGCAAGCCAUGGCAGAGGAGAGGAAGAAGGAGAAGGAGAAGAAGAAGAAGCACAAGGAGAAGGACAAAGAGAAGGAGAAGUCGGGCACGGGGGAGGCGCACUUCAAGCCGAGCGGCGAGGUGAAGGGCGUCCGGUUCGGCGGGCAGUUCAUCGUGAAGUCGUUCACGGUGCGGCGGGCGUCGCCGCUGGAGAUGCUCCGGCUGCUGGACAUCCCGCCGGCGUACCUGAGCGAGUGCCAGAGCCUGCCGUUCCCGUCGACCACCGCGUACAUGCCCACCAGCUUCACCAUCCUGGCGCACCAGGCGUGGCACACGCUCACACUCGGCCUGGGCACCAAGAAGUCCAAGGUGGUGCUCUUCGUGUUCGAGUCCGAGGGCAUGAAGGCCGCCGUCGACCAGCUCUGGCCGGCCAUGAUCCCGCUCGGCGACGUCAACAAGAAGCUCAUCCGCGGCCUCACCGGCAGCGAGAUGGCCCGGUUCAAGUUCAGGAAGGGCUGCCUCACCAUCUACGUCUACGCCGUUCGCCGGCUGGGCGCCGCCGGCUUCAUGUGCGCUGACGACCUCAGGAGGAUUCUGCAGUCCGUGGUGGAGCUCAAGGAUUUCUUGGAUCACACCGCCAUGCUCGCCAUGCCCAGCCAGAAGAGCAUCACCUUGCAGUCCCGGGUCGCCGUGGCUCACUGAUCCGACUCCACCUCCAUCUCCGGUCGACGAGGCUACCACGGAUAGUUUCAUCAGUGCAGGUACUCCUGGCUUGCAAUCUGCAGCGGAGUCUAAUUCUUUUGGGUUCAAUUGGUUCAUUCCUGUCUCGGUGUUCCACUCCUCUGCUGGGAGCUGUAUAGAUCUACUGAGCAAAAUCUUUCGACGAGUUAAAGAAUAGGUUUUUGUUUCAAAGUCAUUUUCUCUUCCCCAAGGAUCUUACACCUUGGCAUACUGUUUAUCCAUGAAACAAUAAUCCUUCAGUGAAAACCAUCUGUACUAUGACAUUCUUGUCGCAUUGUACAGAACUUGUUGCUAGUACCCUUUGUUAUGGUAUUGUACAGGUUUCCCGCUCUCUACUCAUCCUUAGUUCUUACUACAUGUAUACUCAUUACUUGGCAGAAAUACAAGAAAAACCUCUGAAUUGCAAUUUGCAAACUGCCUGGUGUCUGAGAUGCUGUCACUAGAGAUGGGAGCAAUCCAGAGAGGAAAGUGAACGCUAAAGUUCAGAAUCUGAGAGAAAGUGGGUGCUAAACAUCUGUUUAUGUGGGACGUAGCCAUCAUGGAGCCGAAAGAAAAGGAGAACGGAUGCUCUUCUUUUACCUGUCUGCCAGGUCCAUUUUAUAUUGCGAUGCCAAAUGCAAAUGGAUAGUUUUGACCAGGAUCAUCAGUGCAGGCUCCAGAUUGUGCAUUUACAAUCACUAGGAAAAAUACAGCAAAGCCAUACCCACAAGGACAGAUGGGGUGUUGGUGAUGAUGAUUGAGAAGAGUUAAAAGUUUGUUGGGCUGGGACACUCGAUUCAGUGUCAUGAUACAAGUGGUUGAGCAGCAUGGGCCACUCCCACUAUGGCCUGAAUCAUUAAGAACAAAAGCCAUCUCAUCUCACAAACAGCACGGUUCCUCUUCCUCACAAGGACAGUGCACCCUUUGCUGUGACCUGCAUUCCUCGCAAGGAGUAGAUCUGUAUCCUGUAGUUCUGUACUCGAAAGACCUUAGAAAUCUCUUCAGUAUGUGUGUUUAGUGCCACUGUUAUGUCGUGACUUCUGCAAAUCUAUUAGCAGUGCGUACAGCACCAGGUACAUCGUCUCGUGCAUAAUCAGAAGCAGCGAAUAAUUUAUCUGGAGGGUUACGCUGAUCAGACAGACCUCCGUAAAAUGUCGAAUCACCCAAGGUCGGUAC